AAGGUCAAUGUGCAAUAUUCAUUCAAAGUAUUUUGUCGCUCCUUAUUUAUUGUAUUCUGGUCAUUAAACGUAAUCACAUCAUGAGUAUUACAUUGAAAUUAUUGUUAUUAUUUUGUGUUUUUCUGCAUACUAAUGCCUUGGAUUGCAGAGACCAGCAGAAUUAUGCUGUUGACUGGUUUUUGGUGUACAAAAUUCCUACUUUAAAGGUUGAUAAAGACAACAUAAGACACGGACAUGGCUAUAUCUAUUUGACGUCAAAAGACGAUUCAUGGAAGUUUUCUGCUAUUUCAAUAAACAACUCAAAAUCAAUUAUUGGGAAUACGUUGUCAGACUUAUACAAAGACAAGAGUAGUCUCAGUUAUAUCCUCUACAACGAUGAACCACCAAAUGGCCAAACCUCUUCUAUCAAAGGACAUACCAAGGGAGUGGUAGCUGCCGACAAUAAUGGAGGAUUUUGGAUGAUACAUUCUGUACCUAAAUUUCCAGAAAUAUCAAACAGUUAUUCAUUUCCACAGUCAGGAAGCGUUUAUGGUCAAACAUUUCUAUGUAUUUCUAUGGAUUUGGAAAAUUUAGAUAAAGUUGGCCUCCAACUUCAGUACAACGAACCAGACAUCUACGCACAAAAUAUUUUGCCAGGCGUUAAAUCUUCGGCUCCAAAUUUGGCAGACGCUGCUGCUAACGUGACGGUCAACACAUCUCCCUGGUACCAUAUCUCAUACUUGAUGUCCAAAUUGCGUACACAGUUUUGGUCGUUUGCGAAAUCAAAGCAGUUUGGCAAGGAACUGUACGUUGAUCUAGUUGCUCCACAACUUCGUGAAGAUCUAGACGUUGAAACUUGGCGCAACGGAGCUGGAAAGUUGGCAUCAAAUUGCAGUCAAAAAUUCAAUGUGAAUAAUAUUAAAACAAUAAACAUGAAAAUAGCUGGUGUCACUUUUAAAUCAACUGAAGAUCACUCGAAGUGGGCUGUGGCGUCACCAGACAAAACUGGAUCAUUCAGCUGUGUAGGUGAUAUCAAUAGACAAGAACACCAAAAAUUAAGAGGGGGUGGAACAGUGUGUUUUAGCAAUAAUAAAGUCAUGAAAUUAUUUCAAAGUCUAAUAGGAUCUGUAGAGGAUUGCUAAAUAAGUAUUUUUUGCAACAAGUUUCCGUUGAAGUAUUACUACAAAAAAAUUAAUUUUAAAUAAAUAAAAAAUAUGUUAUGAAUAAAUAUUUUACUGUCUUUUUUUAUUGAUACAAAUAUGUACUUUUUACAACAAAACGAAU